UUAAGCUUGGUGAGGCUUCAGGAGCUAUGGUUGUUGGAGCUGUUUAACACUGAGGAGCUGUUUAAUGCUGGAAAGAGCUGUGAAACACUGAAGAGUUUGCGUAACACUGGAAAGGAGCUGUGUAACACUGCAGAGGUGUAUAGCAGCUAUGCCGGAGUUGUCGUCUAAAGGUGCUACCAUCUCCAAGAAGGGCUUUAAGAAAGCUGUUGUUAAGGCCCAGAAGAAGGAGGGCAAAAAGCGCAAGAAGACCCGUAAAGAGAGCUAUUCUAUUUACAUCUAUAAGGUGCUAAAGCAGGUCCAUCCGGACACUGGAAUCUCUUCUAAAGCCAUGAGUAUUAUGAAUUCUUUCGUCACUGAUAUCUUUGAGCGUAUAGCAAGCGAGGCAUCACGCUUGGCUCAUUACAACAAGCGCUCCACCAUCUCCUCCAGAGAAAUUCAGACAGCAGUGCGCUUGCUACUGCCGGGAGAGCUGGCUAAACAUGCUGUGUCUGAGGGUACCAAGGCUGUCACUAAAUACACCAGCUCCAAAUAAGCUUGCCAUGUAAACGUCGUUUCUAACCCAAAGGCUCUUUUCAGA